ACUGGCGCAGCGCUGCUGGGAGACACUUCUGUACUUUCAGGAGGACCACAGACGGACAGAAGACACCGGCUAUAGUCAGCUGGGGACUUUUGUGAGACUUCAGCGAGUUCUGCUGUUCAGUUUUAAACUGUGUGAGAAUAUAAUCGCGCCUGCUGUGGAUUUUACUCUUUGAGAAUCAUGAACUAAAGUGAACUUCAUUCACGGAGUUUUAAACGGCGGGAUUUAACGUUGUACAAUUCAAAGGCUUCUGAAGGAAACAACAGGAUUCCCAGUGUGGCUCUGUUAUGGGACUUUAACUUUAAAUACUUCUUGCAUCAUCUUUCUUUUUGGAGUGAAUUUAGCUAGUUUAAAAAAAUAAUAAUUGCGCUCUUCCAGAAAUGGUGGGGCAUUUACAUUUGCAAGCUAUGGAUGAGAGUUUGAAAGGAAAGAACCGAGAGGGACUGCUCGAUAGUCCGGAUUCCGGACUCCCUCCAAGCCCUAGUCCGCCCUUCUACUCUCUGUCGCCGGGGAUCCUCGAGUCGCGCUCCGCCAGCUGUUCAACCCCAACCGAGCUGCAAGGAUACUGCAGAAAGGAGAGCCGGGAAGGCAAACUGCUGCCAUACUUGCUCCUAAACUCUCAAGGUCCAGAUGCAAAGUCACGCAUGUACCCUGUGUUCUAUGGAGAGAGCAUCGAGGUCAACCCCAAACCUGAAAAAGAGAUCAAGUUCAACUCUGCAGUCAAGUAUGCUUCAGACAGACAUUUUCGUGACCAGGUUUACUGCGCCCUGGUCCCAACCGCCACAUCCUUCAGUGAGACGAUAGUGGCCAUCCAGAACUGCACAUGGCGCAGCUACAAGUCAGAGGUUCACUUCCAGCCCCGCCACAGGCCUCUACACUUUCAGAGCACUGCCAUCGUGUUCCCCAAACACACCCGAAACACUUACCGCACCACGCUGAACUACAACGGCAACAGAAACGCAGCCGGCCGGCGGUGGUUUGUGUCCACAGUCAGACUGGAGUCCACCGAAGACGCCAGUCCAUGCAUCAUUUACACAGAAGACCUCUGAGGUGUUCUCCUUCCCCAAAAUCAAUGAACUCCCUUUGGUUAGAGAGCUACAGAUUGAGUAUGUGGACUCGGUUACGAAAAGCCUGAUUUAAAACGGAUGGCAAGAGGCUUGAAAGAAAAGCAAACCUUAAGUCAGAGAGGGCCAUUUUGUUCUUUCGCUCCAGUGUUGAUGGUACUUGAUAGCAGGGAAGAGGUUGACUUUUGUGUCUGUGUGUGUGUGUUGUGUGUAUGCAGUCUUUACAUGUGGCAGUAAUGUAUUUAUAUACAAUUUUUAAAAUGUUAAUAUCCAGUCAUACCAGUUAGGUGGAGGGAAAAACGUUUCGGGCAAAGUGGUUUCUUCUGUUUGCUGAUUCACAGGCCCGCAUGGAAUCUUUACCUGUAAAAUGUCCACCAAUGAUCUGAAGAGUUUGGGCCAGAUUUACCAACAGUGCGUUAAAACAGUACUCACUCCAUUUACUAAACAUGUGCAGCAAAAAAUUGCUCUGAAAAGGCAUGGACGCAUCUAUUUUUGUUGUUUUUCCUUCAGAUGCCAAUUCUAUGGGAUUUACUAACGUUUGUGCUUCUUUGCACCAUUAGUCAUUACCUAAAAAAGCAAGUCUUAAAUGUUGCACCUGAAAUGGCUGCAGUUGUCUUUGCCAGGAGAAGGCAGUGGAGUGACAGAGAGUGAGUGGUGUAGAAAUCAUUUUUUCUACAUACAGUAUUUGGAAUGCCAGAGGAACACAUCAUUCAAACACACUGUUUGCCAAAUAUGUACAUUUUCAUUUGCUUUAGGAAUUAAUAGACGACUUGGCACAAACAACUAGGGUGAGUCAAGUAAUACCAGUGCAAUCUUAGUUCCUUCAGAUGGCGUGCAAUCUGUUCUGCUUACGUCUGAACUGUCAAAAUCUACAUCUUAUAGUCUAGAUUGGGGCUGUGCGAUUAAUCGAAUUGCGAUUGCGAUUUGAAACAUUGUGAUUAGCUAAUAGCAAGAGGCUGCGAUAUGAAAUAUAUAUGUAUUAAUUAAUUUCCCCCACCCAAGAGCAAAUGCAUGACUGCCGUCUGUGUGUGAUAGUCUUAUUAGCCAAUUUAGUGAGCACACUUUCGUUCUGCCCAAUCAGAAUUGCGCAACCGAACUAUGCGGAACGCCCACAAUAAAAACAAACAAACAGGAAAGCGCAGACGAGUGCGGGAUGAGGACAUUUGCUGCUUCAGAAGCAUUAAUAGACAAAUUAAUAUCAAAGAAAAACAGGACAUCAGUAAUAUGGGAAGAUUUUGGGUUCAACAUCACAGACACAGAACUAAAACAGGUCAUUUGCAAGAAUUGUUGCCACAGCAUGAGGAAAUACAACAAGCAGCACAUAAAAAAGCACCACAGGCGGCUAUAUGAGGAGUGUCUGGCUACAAAGUCAACUGAAAGUAUUGUCAGUGACACUCAAUCUAGUAGCAAGCAACAGCAAAGUUCAAUUCCAGAGUCAGUCAUGUUAGUUUGCUGAGUGUUCUGUAUUUUUAUAAUGAUUUUUUUGUUUGUUUUUAUAAUUAACUCAAAUUAGGGACAUAUUGUAGCUUAACUUGUUUACAGAUAGGUAAGGUCAUUUUAUUUGUGUUUACGGUUUGCUCUAGAGAAAAAAUGAGUGAUUCAUUUCUGAAUAUUUCAAAACUAAUUUGAAUAAAUGUUUAAGUAGGUGAGUGUCCUUUCAGUUCCUUAUUUUAACUAACCCUCACUGCAUUUUAGCAGUAAGAAGCUACAGAUUCUACAGAAUAUUGAGCUGUAGAUUGACUACAAAAUGAAAUCGCAAAUCAAAUCGAAAUAGCAAUAUCUGUAAAAAAAUAAUAAAUCAAUUCGAUAUUUUCCCUAAAUUGCACAGCCCAGGUCUAGAACAUAUAAAUGCAGUCGCUUUCUGAGCUGAGUAUAUGGGUGUUGUCCAGUUCUGAAGUCUUUCACCUUUGCAUUUUAGUGUUUUUUGUUGUUGUCUAUUUUAUGAAUCUUCAUAAUCAUUGGAGAGUAAAUAAAUAAAUAAAUAGGUCUAAAUUAAAUAAAACUAUAGUUUUGUUCAGUACGUGUACCAUAGAUGCUUUAACUGAAUAGCAGUACAUAUUUCAGACCAAAUUAAACAUUAUGAAUAUUGAUUAUUUUCUUAGCCCCCUCACUUAUUUCUACAGCCACCCUUACCCCUGCUCUAUUAUAAAUAUAUGUAAUAGUGUCUGGUCAUAGAUCACCCACACCUUACUGUAUGAGCAUCAGCUCUGCAUAUUUGCCACUAUGUUCAUUUGUGCAGAGCUUAUUCAGUAGUUGACAUAUUUGGUCUUUGUUCUAUAAUUUGCUCAUUGUCUGUAAAUCCUCUGCAGAAAUCUUUCACUUCCAUUGGCACUGUUUUGGUUUCAGAAUUGCGCUUUUGCACAGAUUUGGUCAAUCUGGCCUUUAGACUCUCAUUUACUUCUUUAAUUUAUUACAAUAAUAAACUAGAUUAUUCAUUACAUCACAUGACAUUUGUAAAAACAUAAAGGAAUUGAAAAUAAGAUUGAAAGAUUUUAACCCUGCAGGCACAGGAUGUCCACAUGACGUCAUAUUGAUGUUGUACCCCAACUGUUGGAUUUUGUUUGGAAAUGAAAAUCAGUCAGAACCCAAGUCAUCAGAAGCCAACGUCAGGCCGACGUCAAUGUCCAAUCAACUAUCAACGUCUAAUCAUGUUCCACCUUGACGAUGUGUGGACACAACCUAAAAUCAACCAAAUACCAACAUAAUUUGACAUUGUUAUUGGACGUCAAAAUAACAUUGUCCUUAGAUGCUGACUAGACAUUAAAUUUUGGUCACCUGACGUCAUGACCUAAAUCGAACCUAAUAUAAACAUCUUAUGAUGUUGUGUGCCUGCUGGGAAGAAUUCCCAGAAUUCCCUCAAAAAAUGCAGAAUUAUCCCACCGAAUCCAUGCGGGCCUUCAUUAAUGUUGUGUUAUUCAGUAUUUCUGGUUCUUCCAAAAAGAGUUCAUCACACAUGACUAAAAUAAGAUUAAGACUAUAAGAACAUCAUAUGUGGAGCUAUUCGCAUUCAAAUGUACACGAUACGCAGACUAGCUGCAAAAAGACUAAAAGUUGCACUUAUUGUUUUUGUUUUCUUGAUCAUGGGCUGUAAAUGUGUUGAGAGCUAAUUAACGUGUUGGAGCUCUUGAAAGGUUGGACCAAAGAUUCUGUCAAAUUCAUUGAAAGGGAAACAACCUAAAGUAUUUCCUCCCUUUCUGUCUGGACCUCAGAAAAAUGUGGAAUAAUUUCUUGCACAAGAUUUUUAGAAGACACCCCAAUGUGUUAAUAAUUGAGUGGCUUAAAUAAGAGCUGCACUCACAGAAAGACGGGAAACGAGAGCGUAUGUGGAACGUUGGAUUUGAAGUAUCUGGACUGAGCAUGUGUUCGAUGAGAGGAUUCACCGGUUUUUAUCUCAGCCACUGUUAUCAUCUAAAGCCUGAAUGCUUUUCUGGUGGACUUUUAGAUUGUACGCUUUGAUAAAGUCUGGUUUCGAAGGUAAUGACUUUCAUCUAGAUUACCAAACUGAGCUCCUGUCAUGCGGAGCACUGAGAGAAAACACAGUUUUGGAGAUGUGUUGAGUGGUAUGGAAAGUAGUAUGGAGCUGUACUUCAUGUUUGUCAAGUGUUUAGAAUACAUUUGGAAUUCUGAAAUGGCUGUUGUAAAUUUAAAACUCUUACCUCAUUUAUUUUUGUUCUGAUUUUGCGUCAUAAGGAUCCUAGUGUCAUUUAAAAAACAAUGACAAUGGAUGUUUCCAUAGUAUGUGGGUGUGUUUGAGUUUUCAUAGGAUUUCCUGGCAGAACAAACAAAAAAAAGGUUUAGUUCAGUUAUAGCGGUGUAACCAAGCACAAAUCUCACAGUUCGGAUCACAUUAUAGGUCCUUAGUCAUGGAUCGGAGCAUUUUUCGGAUUAUUACAAAAACAGUACUGCAAGAAAAUAUUUUAGAAGCAGUAAUUUUACUUAAAAAAAAAGAGAAGAAGAAGAAGAAAUAAUCUGCUAAAUAAAAAUUAAUUGUAAAUUAUUCAGGAUCGUUUACCAAACAACGACGUAACUCACGACUGAACUAUCGUAGUACGAUGCAUCAUUUGGGAAAAGAACGAUGUAGUGACGAGUGUUUCCCAAUACAGUAGUUGCUCUUUCGCAGAUCCGUUGUUUGAACCACGUAGUUAUAACGUAAAACAUCCGUAAUGCAGUCAUAAUUGUUUUUGUGCAAUUUAUAUUGUUUUACACGCACAAGUAUUUCAAAAAAUCCAAUAUUAGCUUUAAUAAACACAUUUUAUUAAAACAAAGCACUGGUUUUCCACAUUAAUUGAAAUAAAUGUAAGCGGCACAUAUAUGGCCAAUGUUUCCUUUACAAAUAUUAUUGAGAAUCUUCCAUAUUCUGUUCUAAAACAUAAAACCAUUUAGUAACAUUUAUUAUAAUCUCAGAUAUAAAGCAUAUAAAUCGUUAAGCUAAUGGUUGUAAUUUACAGUAGGCAAUUUAUUAAGAAAAUAAAAAAAAUCCUACUUCAUAAUAAUUAUUAUUAUUAGUUUAUUAUUAAGUAGGAUAUUGUUUCUUUUUUAAAAGUCUACUUUUACAAUGUGACACAUGCAAACCACUGCAGAAAUGUUCUAACUAACAGCCCUAUGUAAUAUACAGUACAGAUACACAAGCUUUGGAGACAUAACGUAAAUUCUGCUUUUAAAUAACCUGAGCCACGGCUGUGUUCAAAAUGGCAUAAAUGUUUUCAAAGUGCACUACAAAGGGAGCACAACUGUCAAUAUGAAGAUCGCUAAAACUGAACUGUAAAAAAUACUUUGAAAGCAAAUUACACCUAAGAGUGAGGACUUUAAUGCUUUUUUUCUUUAAUCAUUCCAAGUUUAAAUGUUGGAAUGUUUGAAAGGAAUAAGGGAUAGGGGGGAUAACUGGGAAUAGAACACAGCAGGAACUAUGCUUCUAACUGCAGCUCCAGAGGUGUAGUUACAAGUGUACAAGUUUGCGACGCAGUUUGCGAAUGUUCGCUGGAACGACGGAUUUGGGAAACGCCAAAUCAACAACUAUGUUUGUAAUAACGCAACUUGCGACCCUACUUGGCUAACCAUAGUUUUCGGAAACGCACCCCAGUUCUGUGAAAAAUUCACUGUUACUACUACUGAAAACGCUGAUAAUGCUAAAUGUAGAAAUCUCACAUUAUAAUUUGUACAACCCGUAUUUAUUUUUAGUCUCAUUGUCAAUAAAUGAUUCCGUCAUUCCCUCAUAAAACUUCAUGUUUCAUUGAUAGAUGGAUCAUUUUUGAGGAAUUAUUCAGUGGCAUACUGUUUACGGCUAAUUGUCGCCACCUAUAGGUUAAAUAAAGUACAGGGUUUCUGCAGGUUUCAGCAAGACUUUAAGACAUUUUCAAGACGUUUAUGAAUGAAAUUCUAGACUCAUCCAGGGUUGCAACACAAUAUUUCAGUCAUUUUAAGGCCGCAAAUUUAGUUUUUGAGAUUUAAGACUUUUUAAGACCCUGCAGAUACCCUAAAAAUAAUUGCUGCCUACAACUUUCAGUUUUGAGCGUCAAGUUAAAUGUAUAUAACAGUGAUUUUAAUCUUUACCAUAAACAGCAGUGGUUUUAUCUGAACUAUAAACUGUUCUAACAGUACUUCAGUGUUAUCUGACUGUUUAUAAACUAAAUACUGAAUCUCGUUCUUAAUUUUCGCGUUUUUCAAACAGAUUUGAAAGCAGCAAAUUGAAGGUUUAAUAAACAUAUCCAAAUCACCAUCAUUUCUAAUUUAUGUUGCGUGGGUGUUGAAAUCCUGAUCUUUUAAUGAUUAAUCGGGCAGCUUACACUGAAUGCAUUAAUGCAGGCUAAACAAGCAGUGACAGAAAACACCUUUAAUAACCUAAGAAACCCACCUCAGUCCGAAUAACCUACCACAACUUCUUCCGUCAUCAUUAUGUUUUACAGGAAAGCCUAAAUGUUUUCAUACAUGUGAUCUGAAUGAUGUGAGAUGUGAUCUCCAUGCGAUCGUUACACAUUUAGGAUUAAUCUACAAGUAAAAAAAUGUAUUAAUCCGAGGGACAAGUGUGUUCCGAACUGUGGGUAGUGAUCAACCGUGAUCCAUUACAGCCCUAGUGUUAAACAGUAAGCAAGUGCUGUAUUAUUCCAUGACAGUGACACCAGCAAAGACAAUCAUGAGGGGUUGAUAAGAGAUGAAUUAACAAGUAGACAGUGCUGAUGAAUCACUCACCCAUGAUGGAUAUUAGAUACGUUGAUGACAGAGGAACUUUAGUAAUGUGUUGAAGCAGAUCUGAGGGGAGAAAUGUUGUGUUUGAUUAUUAUUAUUAUUUGUUCCACACCGUUUUAUGAUCACAUUUGUUUGGUGUACAAACGCUCUCUGCUAUCAGAUGGAUUUUUGUUUUAGUUUGAUUUCCGAACACAACGACUUGUGUUUGUGUAAAAUACUUUCCUGUUGUAUAUUUGGCAUACAGCACUCGUAAUUCUCUUUAUAUUUUUGUAUAAUUCCCAAAGGUAAUGGUCUUCUUUUUGAUGAGACAACAGAUUAUUUAAGGAAAAAAAUAUGUGUAUCCAAAAUGAAUAAAUAAAAAGCCCCAAACCCUACAA